CAAUACUGUGACUGAAUAUCUGAACGCAGACUCAGUCGAGAAAACCAAACAUUUUGUGAAUCAUUUGUUUUGAAUUCAAAAAAAACUUUUCAAUCAAUUUGUGGUCCAAAUCGGUGACCACUUUUCGGGCCAUGAAUUUGGAACUCUUGGAACACUUCGGGCAGAACUAUCCCGAAGAGUUUGAUGGAGCGCUUGACUGCAUAUCAUUGGCACUAACCUGUGCUUUUAACCGACGCGGCACUUGUCUGGCCGUCGGCUGCAAUGACGGCCGUAUCGUUAUUUGGGAUUUUUUGACCCGAGGAAUGGCCAAAAUUAUAUCAGCUCACGUACAUCCUGUUUGUUCACUUAGUUGGUCCCGAAAUGGCCAGAAACUGGUCAGUGCUUCAACUGAUAAUACUGUCUGUGUGUGGGAUGUGUUGACGAGUGAGUGUAUCCUUCGGUGGCGUUUCUUUUCACCCAUACUUCGCGUUCAAUUCAAUCCACGAAACGAUAAAAUGAUUUUGAUUUGUCCGCUAAAACACGCGGCUAUAGUUGUCUUCAUUCCUCAUAAAGAAGUGUCAUCAAAAACUCAUGUAAUGGUUCCUCUAGACGACGAUCCGGAUCUCAAUAUUGUUGCCUCAUUUGACAAAAGAGGUCAAUACAUAUACACCGGUAAUGCAAAGGGAAGGAUACUUGUUGUCAAAGUUGGUCCAAAUAUUACUAAUUUGACAGUAAUUGCAUCAUUUCGAGUGUCCAACACUGCGGUCAAACAAAUAGAAUUUGCUCCCCGAAAGAAAGAUAUAUUUCUGGUCAGUACUGCUGAUAGAGUGAUUCGGGUCUAUGAGACAAAUGAAGUGUUGUGUUGCGGCAAAAAUGGCGAACCGGAACCCAUUCAGAAACUUCAGGAUUUAGUAAAUAAGACGAUGUGGAAGAAGUGUUGCUUUUCUGGUGGACCCGACGCUGACUAUAUCUGUGCCGGUUCUGCCCGACAACACGCUCUCUAUGUAUGGGAACGUAAUGUUGGAACUCUCGUUAAGAUAUUGCACGGAACUAAAGGCGAACUUCUUUUAGAUGUUGUGUGGCAUCCCAUACGACCAAUAAUUGCCAGUAUAUCAAGUGGUGUCGUAUCAAUCUGGGCUCAGCCACAGGUAGAAAAUUGGUCGGCAUUUGCGCCCGAUUUUAAGGAAUUGGAUGAAAAUGUCGAAUAUGAGGAAAGAGAGUCAGAAUUUGAUAUCGAAGACGAGGACAGAACUCCGGCCAGAGUUUCUCAAGACAAUGAAGAUGAAGACAUUGAUGUCGUUGAUGUGAUUACUCCGCAUACUAUCCAUGCAUUUCUUAGCAGUGACGAAGAAGAAGAUGAUCAAAACGCUUUGAUAUAUCUUCCAAUUUCUCCCGAUAUCGAUGAACCCGAAGGCGAAGUGCCCGUAUCUACCACUCCUACACCACGUGUGGAGACACCUACAAAAUCACGCCGAUCUAAGACAAUAGACAUUGACCUCAAAGAAGGACCUAAAGAUGAAACGCAUCCAUUGUUAACUGGUUCGGGAAAACAGCAACGAACUAUCGGCGGACCACCCGAUAAGUCCUUGUUAGCCAAAUCUAAAGUUCAGAGACCGAAUGUUGGUCCGAGCGGUUCCGGCAAACGACCGUCAAAUGGAAACACAGAUAUAAUUGCCAGUAAACGAAGUAAAACUAAGAAAACUAAUGAUGUCUACUAAACCAUUGG